AUGCGGCUCGGACGCGUCAACUUGACGAAGAAGCUUGCUGGCAAGAUGUCGUCACUGGACGACUACCAGAAGUUUGUUAUUGCCGCGGGAAAUAGCGAGUUGACGCGAUUGGAUGCGUUGUGUUGUGUCUGCGUGAAGCGAAACAUGUCGGGGGAGGCGAUGCUGGAGUUGCUGGACAAGGCGACCAAGGGGCUAUACAAACCAAAGGGCUUCACCGAAGCCGAGCUUCUCCGUAGUGUCGUAUUCAGGCGCGUUGCAGGAGACCGGGCGCAAGAGAUCUUGCAGCGAUCGACUGGUGCACCCUCGCUCCGCACGGUGCGCAGGUCCUCGGUGGUGCGGCCGGUGCGCAUCUCAGCUGCAAUGCCUAUCGUGGAUGACAUCGUGUAUAACAUCAACGGGUCAUUCGGAAUCGGAAAACAGAGCAAGCUUACCGUGGGGAAUGAAACAGGUCCAGCGGGCUACCAGCUCAUGAUCGACGAGAUAAAGGUUGAGGGGAGGCCAAGGUGGGACGACAAGACCAACAUGAUUCUCGGCAUAGCAAGAGAGGACGCUGGGAAGGUUGGGCUCGAGUUCUGCUCGAUGGCUGAGGUGGAGACGUUGUUGAAGGCGGUGAAGGCAGGCGACGUGAGACUGGCGGUGGAGGCCACUGUUGCGGCAAUUGGACUACUGUCCGACAAUGCACAUGUGUAUGCUGCCCGACCAAUCUUGGUCUCAGGGACCUGUAAGACUGAGAAUGCACAGACGCACGCAAAACUCAUUCAAACAAUCAUCGACGCCUGUAACGCUGAGCCAAAGAAGAUCCCUGGCCGUCUCUACAGCAUAGCUUCUGACGGUGAGGCCCAGCGUGGGGCCGCCCUGGUCCAGCUCACACAAAAGAAGAAACUCUCCCCUGAUUCCCCCAUCUAUGGCUACAUACACGUUCUUCGUCUCCUGAACCAGCUUGUUGGUGAUGAUGACAUCACCUCCGACAAAGAUUAUAAGCAUAUCUUCAAACGUCUCCGGAACGCCCUUCUGCGAGAGAUGGGCAUUAUGAUCUAUGGCUUCCAUGUUCAUCGUGCAGUUAUUGAAUCUCAGCUGCUCUCUGCUGGUGUCCCUCGCGAUCAAAUCACGUACCUCCUUAAUCCCAAUGACAAGCAGAACGUUGGCUUGGCAUACAAGCUGCUCAAGAAGGUUUGGUGCCUUCCCGAAGCGGAGCCAAAUGCUCGACCCGCCUUGGCAGCAGCACGGAAGCAUAUCCGAAUUCUCGGCGACUUCCUCAGGCACCUGGUUACCCCUUAUACACGUCCCAAGAUGACGCUACGUGAUCAGCUCUAUCAUUUGAGUGUUGCCUCCCAUCUUAUGUGCAGUCUCUACACCCAUCCAGCGGGUGGCAACGCAUUUCUUCCAAAGGUCUUGUACACAGAUAUCCAGAUUAUGAUCAAGAAUGUGUUCUUUUCCGUCGCAAAAUCGAAGGUAGAUCGCCCGCUCGGGAACUUUUAUAUUAUACUUCUUGGGACAGAUAGGCUAGAGAUCCAGUUCGGCUUGUACCGCACCGUAAUCGGAAACGACGCCAACGCCGACAUCCUCCAACUUGGUGGUCGAAUCGCCGGCAUUGCAGAAUCAGCCCAGAUCUUUGUCGAUUACCCCCAGUGGAAUGUUACACCACGCCGCUUAGACCUCCGCCCCGAUGACGAUGAUGAUGAUGAAGCCAUCAAAAUCGAUCACCUCAACCCCACAUCCUGGCAAGGGGACGUAAACGUUCAGUACAUUCUGCCGGUAACACCCUGG